AUGAGCGCGCUCCCGACCGCGCGAGGGCUGUUCCGGUCGCUCCUCCGAGCGCGGUCGCACGCGUUCCGAGGCGACGCGACCGCGCUCGCGGCGUCGGGAAGGGAGAUCCGCAAGCACUUCGAGGCGAGUGACGACGACGACGACGACGACGACGAACGAACGCGAACCCCCCGCGAUCGGUCGGCGAACGAUUCAUCGAUCGCCGACCGAUCGACCCUCCUCCGCGAGUCCCGGAGCCUCGGACCGGAGGAGGCGAGAAAGAAGAUCCAGGAGGGCGUCGAGGCGGAGUCAUUCAUCCGCCUGCACGUCGUGCAAGCGCGCGGGAACGAACGAGGGAACUACGAGAUGCAGGUCGAGCCGCAGCACGUGGACGGGGAGUACGAGGUUCCUGGGGACGCCCCGGGCGGGUGCGGAGGCGCGGUCGUGGGCAAAGGAGGAGGCGCGGGUGAAAAGAGCUGA